CCGAGGCUCCCCUGAAGGCAGCCUGUGCUCGGUCUUUCGGUUCUCCCCGUUUCCUCCGUGGUUUCCUCCGGUGUUCCUCCGGUGUUCCUCCGGUGUUUCCUCCGGUGGUUCCUCCGGUGUUUCCGCCACCGUCCGGCUCCUUUAAGCUCGGGCUCCUGCCGGUGAACCGCCUCCUCUGCGCCCUCCAGCGGCAGCAGCAGCCGCCGCGGAGCGUCACAGCUCCGGUGUCCGUCCCCUCCGCCGCACAGAAGUUGCCUCCUCCCGGUAAACGGCGGCCAGUUGGUCGGACUGAGAGCUCGUGUUGGUCCCGGAGCCAUGAGGCGGAAGGAGAAGCGGCUGCUGCAGCUGGCCGGGCUGCUCAUCGCGGCUCUGCUCUUCCUGCCCAACGUCGGUCUGUGGUCCCUGUACCGGGACCGGGUCUUCGACAACUCGCCGGACGCCGCGGACGCUCCGGGCGGCAUCCCCCCGGUGCAGGGGUUGAACCGGAUCGGAAAAGACGCUCCGGUUGGACGAGACGGCGUCCGGAGGAAAGACUGGCACGAUUAUGAGGCGAUCAAAAGAGACGCUUCUCGAUCCGGUAAUGGUGAACAGGGGAAACCGUUUCCUCUGACCGACGCCGACCGGGUCGAUCAGGCCUACAGAGAAAACGGAUUCAACAUCUACGUCAGCGACCGGAUCUCUCUGAACCGAUCCGUCCCCGAUAUCCGCCAUCCAAACUGUAAACAGAAGUUGUACUCAGAGAAGCUUCCCAACACCAGCAUCAUCAUCCCGUUCCACAACGAAGGCUGGUCGUCGCUGCUCCGGACCGUCCACAGCAUCCUGAACCGCUCGCCUCCACAGCUCAUCGCCGAGGUCAUCCUGGUGGACGACUUCAGCGACAAAGAACACCUGAAGUCGGCGCUGGAGGAGUACAUGGUCCGGCUGCCGAAGGUUCGCAUCCUGAGGACCAAGAAGAGGGAAGGUCUGAUCAGGACUCGUCUGCUGGGAGCUGCUGCUGCUAAAGGAGAAGUUAUCACCUUCCUGGACUCCCACUGUGAAGCUAACGUCAACUGGCUGCCUCCUCUGAUGGACCGAAUCGCCCAGAACAGGAAGACCAUCGUGUGUCCAAUGAUCGACGUCAUCGACCACGACAACUUCGGCUAUGAGACGCAAGCGGGCGACGCCAUGCGAGGGGCGUUCGACUGGGAGAUGUACUACAAACGGAUCCCCAUCCCCACCGAGCUACAGAAGGGCGACCCCAGCGAACCCUUCGAGUCACCAGUGAUGGCCGGUGGACUGUUCGCCGUGGACAGGAAGUGGUUCUGGGAGCUGGGAGGAUAUGACACGGGUCUGGAGAUCUGGGGAGGAGAACAGUACGAGAUCUCCUUCAAGGUGUGGAUGUGCGGCGGAUGGAUGGAGGACAUCCCCUGCUCCAGAGUCGGACACAUCUACAGGAAGUACGUCCCUUAUAAAGUUCCUGGUGGAGUCAGCCUGGCCAGGAACUUGAAGCGUGUUGCUGAGGUUUGGAUGGACGAAUACGCUGAGUACGUCUACCAGCGUCGACCCGAGUACCGCCACCUGUCUGCCGGAGACAUGACGGUCCAGAAGGAACUGAGGAACCGACUCAACUGCAAGAGCUUCAAGUGGUUCAUGAGCGAGGUGGCCUGGGAUCUGCCCAAACACUACCCACCAGUGGAACCUCCGGCUGCUGCCUGGGGAGAGAUCCGGAACGCCGGCAGCGGCAUGUGCAUGGAGAGCAAACACUUCGUAUCCGGAAGUCCGAUCCGCCUGGAGAGCUGCGUGAAGGGAAGAGGGGAGGUGAGCUGGAGCCACGGACAGGUUUUCACGUUCGGCUGGAGAGAAGACGUCCGGGUGGGCGACCCGAUGCACACCAAGAAGGUUUGUUUCGACGCCGUUUCCCACAGCAGCCCGGUGACGCUGUACGACUGCCAUGGCAUGAAGGGGAACCAGCUGUGGCGCUACAGGAAGGAUAAGAGUCUGUUCCACCCGGUCAGUAACAGCUGCAUCGACAGCAGCCCCAACGAGCGGCGGGUCUUCAUGAACACCUGCGAUCCUUCGUCUCCGAGCCAACAGUGGCUGUUUGAGCGAACCAACGCCACCGUGCUGGAGCGCUUCAACCAGAGAACCAACUGAGGAUCCGGCCGAGGCCUCUGCAGCAUGGAGGAGAUAAAGACAGACGAGGAUCUGCUGCUGCUGCUGCUGCUGCUGCUGCUGCUGCUGAGAUGGGAGGAGGUCCAGGUUUACUUGGCUCUGAUUGCUGACCUCCUCCUCUGGUUUUUGAUUGUUAAUCCAACAUUCCUCUUCAUUGUCCUUCAUCUGUUUCUCUCCAUCCUUUUCCAUCUGAGCUCCCUGAAGGCUUGAAGGAGUGAAUCCACUCUGAGAACCUUUCCCAACCCUCCCGGUCUGCAGGCACAAGUGAAUGUAGCUGCAAAUCUUUUCUAUUUUUUCCCUUUUUUUAUUCCUCAACGGAUUCAUCGAUGAGUCAUCCGCAGAUUUGUCACUGUGCCACGUUCUUCUUAGAUUCCUCGGAGGCGAGUGUUAUCUAACGACGGUGUGGUCAGGCCCAGUGUUUCGUGUCUUUUGAAAUCCCAAAAAAAAGAAACUCCGAGACGUUCGCCGGCGUCUCGUUAAGGAAUCCUCGUCCGUGGUCUGGUCUCACCGUCGGGUUUGUCAGCCGCCUCAUCCGGCCUCCCGUCGCUGCUCCCCGGCCUCGUCACGGUCGGCAGGUCGGGGGGUCGCGUCACGGCCGGCCGGAUGACUGCCGUAGCCGCCUGAUUGGCCGGCUGCCGAGCUGACACAUCGCUUUAGCGGGAGGGGAGACAAAUUGGGGGGAUUACUGUGGAUAGGCUCGCCGAGGUAGCCCCGGGAUUGAGACGAAUGUGGGCGUUUAAAAUGCAUAAAGCACUUACGGAAUGAUAAACUUGAAUGAAAUCUCAGUGCCUUGUCGGAAAGGAGGGGGGAGCUGCAUGUUUAUAGGGAACAACUCACUGCAAAUCCAUCCUCAGUCGGUAGGAAUCCAGCUCCGGUGCAGGACAUUGAACGCACCGCCAGCUCUGGGACUCUCAGGAGGCUUUUCAAAGCAAAUGCUGGCUGUGAAUAGAGCUAAAGAGAGCCUUUGUUUCCACCGUAGUCGCUCCCGCCUUCGAAGGUUUGUUUUAAUCACGAUGCUGUUUUGUUGUUGUUGUUGUUUUUUUUCCCACGUAUUCAAUCCAAAGUAACGGGAGAGGGAAGCACUGUUGCUGUUUACUGAUUGUUUUUGUUGCCAUCCACCUUUAGAAAUCCUCUUUUUACUUGUCUUUUCCGUUUUGAUUCUUUGAUCUUUACUUUGGAUGUUCCGCUCCGUCGCCUGCACUCCUUCUACAAUCUGAUUUCCGUGAAGCAGAACGACGUACAGUUUCUUUCGUUCCUAUCAUCAGGUCCAGGUUUUGUGCUCCGGUUCAGGCCUAAAGAAACAAUCUGGACCUUUUUCCAAAUUCUACAUCUGCAAACAUCCAUUUCUCGCUUGUACCAUAAAUAGUUUACACAGAUGUUAAUGCAGCACUGAGGAUAGAAAACACCAAGUGAUGUUAGUUUAUCAGACGAGUCAAAAUAUUUAUUACUAAGAUAAAUCCCGCUGCUUGUUCCCCCUCGGGCUGGAAUUCUUUUGGAAAUUGUCCUUUUCACUAAAGCAGAAUUCGUUGGUUUGUAGGUUCGGUAUCCAUCAUGGAGACAGAAAAAUCCAGCGACAAAACACUUUUUUCUGAACUUAGAAACUUCUUCGUGAUGUAUCUGAAGCCCUUUUCAGACAUGGAUAUGAAAACAGAAUGAUGCACUUAAAAAACUAACAAAACUACAUCUAAAUGAUAGGAAUCUUCCCAACUUACCCAGAUAACAAACAGCCUGGUUUAUUUAGGAAUCCCUGAACAUCGAAAAGCAUGCAAAGUCAGUAAAAUGCAAAUCUUCUGACAGCUGUAAAGAAUCUCAGGACUCCAAAUUGGAUCAUUUAUAAUUCCAACUAAUUAAUGAAGCUAUGUUGUUCCACAUGUGUAAAUGCAGCUGGAUCCUGUUGCUGUUUGAUGCUUCAGGUAUUUCAUAAACUCCUACAAACAGCUGGAAGCAACGAGCUGAACUUCACCUCUUGUUAUGUCAGUUAUUGGUGAGUCUCAAUAGUCUUUGAAAUAUCUGUAAAAAUGAACCUGAGAGCAACAAUGUCACAUCUAAUACAGUCAACGGCAGCAAGUCGUGAUGUUUCAGGCCCACUAUUUGUGUUAAAAAGCUUUUCCCAAAACUCUUCACACAACUUUUUGUGUUAUGAAUCGAGAUGCAAAAUUUUGAGAAUUUGUUUAUCAAUAUCUGGUGAUGUUAUUGGUGAGGAAACUAUUAAUUAUGACAAAAAUGUGGCAUACUGGGUAUAAUUUAAGCAAUAAAAACUUCUACUUAAGUCAACAGACAUGUGUCAAGGGUCCUGGGAGAACAUUGAACAUAAGAACAUUGUCCUCAUCGAUCCUGGCUCAUCUAAAACACAGGCUCUACCAUCGGAGGUCGUUAACCACCACAGAAGACUUGGUUAUGGUGGCCGUUGCUAAACUCCUACAAUCUUUGCUUGCCAUGUCGGGGAUGCAUAUUUUAAUACAUUUCUUAUCUUAAAGUCCUGGUUUAUCUACACAUUAGGUUUGUUUGAAGGUCAUUAAGUGCCACAGAAGUCUUUGACAUGGUGCCCUUUGUUAGCUAAGUCCUUACAGUGUUCUCUGCUUGCCAUGUCAAGGAUGCAAAUUUGGAAUAAAUUUCUUAUCUUACAGUCCUAAUUAAUCCCAGCUUGUGUUAAACACAUUGGGUCUGUUUGAAGGUCAUUAAACAUGACAAAGUCUUUGUCAUGGUGUCCGUUAUUAGUUAAACUCCUACAGUGCUAGCUGCUUUCCAACAAGAACUGCCCACAGUUUUAGUUUUUCCAGCUUGUCUCAAACACACUAGCUCUGUUCAGAGGUCAUUAAGUCCCACAGAAGUCUUUGUCAUGGUGCCCGUUGCUAUCUAAACUCCUACAGUGCUAGCUGCUUGCCAUGUCAGGGAUUUCAGGGAUGCAAAUUUUGAAUAAAUUUCUUAUUUUACAGUCCUACUUUAUCCCAGCUUGUGUCAAACACAUUAAGUCUGUUCAAAGACCAUCAAGCAUGACAGAAGACGUAGUCAUGGUGCCCGUUGAUAGCUAAACUCAGACAAUGUUCUCUGCUUCCCAACAAGAACUGUCUAAAGUUCAAGUGACUGGUUCCUCCGGUCUCUACAGUAUUAAACAGUAGGAGGCUCCACCUGGUAGAACAACUAGGUACUACAGCUGGUCUAUGAUACACUUUCUGACAUGCUCGACCUUCUUCUUUUGCUUUAUCGGUUAAUAUAUGUUUAAUCGGUUCGAUUAUUAACAGCAUUUAAUCAGUUCAAAUAAGGUUGCUAGAUCGUCACACCGACAUGUUCAGAUACCGUCAGAUUAACAGGAAUGUCUGAAAGGGGCUUCAAAUGUUUUAGUUGGAAACUAAACUUGCAUAUUGUUGUGAAAAAGGCAAUUUGGUGCAACUUUUACCCCCUCAUUCUAAUUAAUUCCUCUAAUGUGUGAUUUGUCCAAUCAAUAAGACAGUUUCACAGCUUAUGUUGUGCAGUUAUACAAUCAGUAGUCACCUGUGGAACAAAACCCUGACUUUUCUCCUCCUAACAACAGAACGUGUAGUUUUAAAUGUAGUUUCUGUGUGUCUUUCUCCCUGACCUUUCAGCUUGGACAUUGUCAGAUUGUUAAGAGGUGACAGGAAAUGCUGCUUCAGACCGCUGAGUCACUGCUGCAGUCAGGUUAGCGCUACGCGACCCAACAGAACCAAACCCAACCGACCUUAUCUACACCCUGAUUCCAGACCAGUUUCCUACAUUCCUUCUUUUCUUUGACCUACAAUCACUCCAAAAAAUAAAAUAAAGAUCAAGUCCUGUUUGGAUCCGUAGUGUAAUCUGGCUGUUUGUGUCGUGAUAUUGUGAAGGAUCUUUAUUGCAAACACUGUAUUUGUGGGUUUGUCGAGGGACGGAUAUGCGAGGCAACAUUUUGGGGUGAAACUAACUACUGGCUUGAGAGUUAUUUUGCAUUACCUGUAGGGACGUCCACAGUUUAGACGUCUUAGUGGGGUUUUUCUUUUCUCACAUCUGCCCUGAAGAACAAUGAAUAAUCAGAGGCAUCAGAAUCAAGAAAAUAAAAGGCUAAAAAUUAACUUCAAUCAUUUUAUUAUCCACUGGUGUUCAAAGAAAGCGCAUCAUCUCAGAAUUACGCAUUUCUCAUGAUGAUUUGAGUAGCUUUCCAGAGAGAAAUAUAAAAAAGAUAAAAUCUGUAAGAAUACUACAGUAUACUAUUUUAAAGUACUUUCUUUGGACAUCGCUAUUCAUUGACAAUCACCUGAAAGGUUAAAGGGCUUAUGGACGGUGACAAAAAUCACAAAAUGAUCGGAAUUUUAGCCUUUUUUCAGGACUGAAUUUUGGUUCAAUGGCAUAUUUGCCAAAUUGUUUAGUCCUUCUAAUCUCCAAAACUCUGUUCAAGCUGAGCAGAGCUAAAAGCAAUGACUCAAUUUUUUCCUGAAAUUACAGAAAGUUGUCCAGAAUUAUUCCAAAAGCGUCUUCAAAAGACUUAAAUGACUAAAAAUCAACUUGAAAUUUGCCCAAAAUUACUUAAGAUCUAUAAAACAAUUAAAAAUGUCCUAAAUGACUUAAAAUUUGUGCAAAAUGACUUAAAUUAUUUCGAAAAUGACAAAAACAUGUCCAAAACAACUGAUUUUUCUUGAAAGUACAAAAAACUGUCCAAAAUUAUUCCAGAAUUGUCCAAAACGUCUUUCAAAAAAUUAAAUCCUGUCUGAAAGGACUAAAAAUCAAUUCAAAAUUUGACCAGAUUUACUUAUUAAGAUGUAGAAAAUAAUCAAGAAUGUCCUAAAUGACUCAAAAGUUGUACAAAAUUACUCGAACUGUGUUGAAAAUUUAAAAAAAAACAUUUCCAAAACUAUUCUAGCAUUGUCCAAAACCUUUCAAAAAAUUAAAAAUCUGUCUGUUCGUUGACAAUCACCUGAAAGGUUAAAGGGUUUACGGACGGUGACAAAAAUCACAAAAUAAUUGGCAUUUUAGGCUAUUUUCAGACCAGAAUUUUGGUUUGAUGGCAUAUUUACCAAGUUGUUUAGUCCUUCUCCAAAACCCUGUUCAAAUUUUGGUAAAUUAUGAAGCAAACGGACAAAAUCGGCUGGUGAAGACGGUGGAACAAGAACAACUUCUCAGGUGUUGGGUGGAGACCAAAGCAGAGCUAAAAGCAAACAGAGACUUGUUUGCUGACAUCUUUGGUUUCACAACAAGCUUGUUUUCCAAUUUUCUCCCUGAAAAUGGCCCAAAAACAUCAGUUGCUGAACUAUACGUCAUGAUUUCUUGAGCCACCUCUUUAAUUUCACAGUCAGUCACCAAGAAACUGCAGCAACUCCAUUCUGAACUGAUUAGUUUAUAAUAAAGCUAAGAAACAGUUCUUCAGGGGGAAACGAAUUCAAUCACUAAAUCAUCUUUUUUGGGGAAGUUUCCCCAAAUGUUGCCGACUGUAUCCCAUGAAUUCAUCUUGAUUAAACUGAAUAAGCUUGUGAAGUAUGUUUUAUUUUUCCUCUCUUUCAUAUCAGAGAACAUUGUACCUUUCCGUUGCACAUGUUAAGUACGUUUUAUUACGUGAAACAGCAUCUUGGGUCGAGUUAAAAAUCUCCUGGGUGACAGUUUACAUUUGCUUUAUUCCAGCUUUGGUCCACUGUGGUAAAGAAUUCAAAAAUGAUAAAAUUCUCCAACGUAAAACUAAAGUUUAGAAGAAUAUUAUAAAUAUGCUGCUGUUUCCUUUGUUAUACAUACAUAAAUAAAUUUUUUAAAUGAUCCCAUGGUGUUUUGGUCGGACUACAAUCUACAGAGCAAUGUGACUAAAUCUUAUUUUAUAAGAGCAAAAGGUUUCUACCGUCAGCGGCCAGCGUCGGCCCGUCACACAACGUUGUGUACUUGUGUGAAUUUUGAUGUGUAGGAAAGUGUACAUUUUGUAUCUCAAAAAAAAAGAUCCGAUAUUUUUUUCUACUGACAUUGCAACUGUAAAAGUGUAUUUAGGUAUUUAACAAACUGUACAAUUAAACUGGAAUUGUAUGAUAUUUUUGCUGAAAUUGUAAAAUAAAAGGUUUCUAUAUUUGGAGGAAAA